GUGAAACCUCGCGAGAUCCCAUCUCCGUCUAACGAGACUUCGCGGGGAUCCGGUCAGGCGGCGUAGGGAACACCGAGUAAACACGGCGGUUGUCAGUGAAAAGCGGUGAGAAACAGAGCGCGCGCGACGUUUGGGGUUCAGUCAACAGACGGCUGCUGAGUUAAGAUGUCCGACGAUCUGGUGAAACAGCUGGCCAGCUACAAGGCUCAGCUGCAGCAGGUGGAAGCUGCCUUGUCCACCGACCCAGAGAACGAUGACCUUCUUAAACUCCAGAAAGACUUACAGGAAGUGAUAGAGUUAACGAAGGACCUUCUAUCAAGCCAGCCAUCUGUGGCAACCACAAGUUCAGACAGCGCUGCUGUAGCCCCCGUGAGCCACUCGUGGGAGGUGGGAGACCACUGCAUGGCUGUGUGGACUGAGGACGGACAGUUGUACAAGGCAGAGAUCGAGGAGAUCGACAAAGAGAACGGCACCGCCGCCAUCACGUUCCUGGGCUACGGCAACGCAGAAGUCAUCCCCUUGCAGAACCUGAAGCCCGUGGAGCAAGGCAGCCACUCGGAAGAGAAUGGCCUGAAAUCCAAGUCCAGGAAGGCGCAGAUAGCAGAGCUGAGGGAGUACAAGAAGAAGAAGGCUUUCAAAAAGGCGCAGAGGAUGAAGGAACUGGAGCAGGAGCGCGAAGACCAGAAGUCCAAGUGGCAGCAGUUCAAUAACAAAGCGUACUCGAAGAACAAGAAAGGCCAGGUAAAGAGGAGUAUAUUUGCGUCGCCAGAGAGCGUCAAUGGAAAGGUUGGAGUGGGAACGUGCGGCAUAGCGGACAAACCAAUGACCCAGUAUCAGGACACAUCGAAAUAUAACGUGAGGCAUCUCAUGCCACAGUAACGGGGAGUCGGGUGCGAUGCCACCGGUGCGCUCAUGUUAACAGCGCUCUGCGUUAGUGAGAUUAGCUGUAGGUGGCCCAGCUUUCUGUGCAAACGGGUUCACGCGAGGGGAAUUGAAGCAGAAAAAAGUGGCUCGUGUGCGGGGAAAAGAGUCGUAAUUUUUAACUAUUAUUUUUGUAAGUAAACAUCCAGCCUAAUAGAGGAAAAGGCAAAGCGAUGCCUGAAUACGUUUCGGCAUUUUUGCUGGACACCCCCCCCCCCCCCCCCCCCCAUUUUAGUGUCCAGUUUGAGGUCCAGGCUUAAUGUGUCUCCUGGUGAGUCAGAACUCAACUGUAUAUUUGGGUUGAUUAUUGCAAUAAACUGCAGAAAAGUUUCACAAACCCUGGAAGUAAAAUUAAACAAUUACACUUUCAUAGUGGGUUUUUUUUUUUUUUUUAAAUCAAUACAUCAUAUUCCAGUAACAACUGACAACCAGUUGGUUUUGGUCAUCAGGAUGUUCUUCAGCACAUCAUAAACUGGGUGCUUAGUUGAAAAAUGUUCAGUCGUAGCUGUGUAAGGUAGAUGGUAAUGUUAGCUUCAGAACUAUUUUUAUGGUUUUGUUCUUGUAUAAUAAAGCAGAAACCCCAUGCAAAGUAAGCAUAAUGAAAUGCUAUGUUCCAUAUUUGUUUUUUGUUGAAGGCACAGAUUUUUACUAAAUUAAUGUUACUUUUAAGUUUUGUAAAUUCACAUUUUCUGAAAUAAAUGUUAAAAUGUUCGCCUUUGUCUGCAAGCUG